AUGAUGUUACCAAGCCCGGUCACCUCCACCCCUUUCUCAGUCAAAGACAUUUUGAAUCUGGAGCACCAGCAGCACUUCCACGGAGCUCACUUGCAGGCGGAGCUGGAGCAGCACUUCCAAUCGGCUCCCUGUAUGCUGGCUGCGGCUGAUGGGACACAAUUUUCUGAUGCAGGGGAGGAGGAGGAGGAAGAAGAGGGAGAGAAACUGUCCUAUUUGAACUCACUAGCUGCUGCCGAGGGCCACGGAGAUUCAGGUCUCUGUCCACAAAGCUAUGUCCAUACAGUCCUUCGAGACUCCUGCAGCAGGCCCAAGGAACAAGAAGAGGAGGUUGUGAGAGAACGGAGCCAAAAAAGCUGCCAGCUGAAGAAGUCUCUAGAAGCGACGGCAGACUGUAAGGCGAGCGAGGACGGCGAGAGGCCAAAGCCGCGCAGCCGCCGGAAGCCGCGGGUGCUCUUCUCGCAAGCUCAGGUUUUCGAGCUGGAGCGCAGGUUCAAGCAGCAGCGGUACCUGUCGGCGCCCGAGCGCGAACACCUCCCCAGGGCCAUGCAGCCCGCCUGCAGCGCCACCGGCGGCGGAUCCUUUGUGAACGUGGGCAACCUGGGAGGCUUUGGCAGUGGUGGCGGCGCUCAACCUUUGCACCAGGGUGCCGCAGCCGGGGCCGCGUGCGCACAGGGGACCUUGCAGGGCAUCAGGGCUUGGUAA